CUGUGGCUGCCUCGCUGCUUUCACGUUAGGCAUUUGUUUUGUUUGUCUGUCUGUUUGCCACAACAUGGAUCUUGUUUUAUGGUAUGUGAUUGGACUGCUUGUUAUGAUUUUAAACACAUACUUUGCUCAAGGAAGCAACUUCGACAAUGCUGCUGGCGGCGGCAAACCCUGUGAAAUACGAUACAGCAGAGAAUUCCUAUUGCUGCUCCGCAAUCACAUCCCCCCGGACUAUUUAACUGUGGACUUGAUACCGAACUGUCUCAAAUCCAAUCCUAAGGAAGGGAAUAAUCGGUCGAAACGUAAACGUGGCCGUAAGAGUGGUAUUCGACUUCGACUGAAGAGGAUGAAAAACAAACUCCCUUUACCUACUACACUGCUUAUCAACGCGCAAUCACUGAGAGCGAAGACAGAGGAGUUAUCGGCUAACACCCGCUUCCUGUACGAGUAUAGGAGCGCGUGUGUCUUGGCAAUCACUGAGACUUGGCUGGAUAGUAACAUCGCGUCCAGUGAGGUGGAACCUUCAGGUUUCUCGGCGUUUAGGACCGACCGAGACCCCAACAUCACCGGGAAGGCUCGCGGAGGCGGAGUCUGUUUCCUCAUCAGGGACGAGUGGUGCCGGGCAGUUACGGUGAGAGAGAAACUUUGUACUCCUGACAUCGAGCUGCUGUGUGUUUCUCUGCGACCCUUCUAUCUGCCAAGGGAGUUUCCUCAAAUUUUCCUUACAGUGGUAUAUAUACACCCAAAGGCAAAUGUCAACAAAGCAUCAGAGAUUCUUUUUAACCUCUCACAGAAUCUGGAGUCACUUUCACCUGAUGCUCCUAAGUUCAUCCUGGGAGAUUUUAAUAACUGUUCCCUUAAAAAACAUCUACGCACAUACUAUCAGUAUGUUAAGUGUUUUACUAGGAAAAAUAAGUCUUUAGACAUGUGUUAUGGAACCGUCAAAGACGCCUACACAGCAUCCCAGCUACCACCACUAGGGGCGUCUGAUCACACUGUGGUUCAUCUUCGGCCUGUCUAUAAGAGGUUACUGGAGAGGGAGAAGCCUCAAAAAAGGUCUGUCAAAGUGUGGAACAAUGACAGCAUUAUGGCUCUGCAGGGGUGUUUUGACUGUACAGCAUGGGAUGUCUUUAAGAGCCCUGAUAUUAAUGAUCAUGUUGUAGCAGUGUCUGAUUAUAUUAACUUUUGUGUAGAUUCUGUGAUACCUACUAAGUCUUUUAAAGUAUUUCCUAAUGACAAGCCAUGGGUGUCAAACAAACUAAAGAAUCUUAUAAUUCAAAAGAAAAAAGCUUUUAGAAAUCAGGAUGAAACAGCGAGAAGGGACUCACAGAGGCAGAUUAAACGACAAAUACAGCUGGAUAAGUAUAGCUAUAAACAAAAGAUAGAGGCCACUCUGGCAUCUGGUAAUCCUAGAGAGGCAUGGCAAGGAAUUAAAAUUAUGACCAAUGUUCCACACAAGGGCAGGGGAAAUUCUCCACUGGUUUUGCAGAGUGAUGAACCUGAUCUGGCAAACCAGCUAAAUACAUUCUUUUGUCGUUUCGAGAGGGGAAAUAGUAUGGAAGCAACCACUGGGUUACCCCUUCCACUCCCUUGUCUCCCUCUCUCAUCUAACUUCACCAUCAAGGAAUCAGAAGUCCUUCAGCUUUUUAGGAAAUGUAAUUCUCGGAAAAGCUCAGGACCAGACAACAUAUGUGGAAGGGUCAUAAAACAUUGUGCUGAACAGCUAGCACCAGUGUUCACUGACCUUUUUAGAUCUUCUUUUAACCUUCACAAGGUCCCAACACUAUGGAAAACAUCCAUAAUUAUACCAGUGCCAAAAACUCAGCGACCCACUGGACCAAAUGACUAUCGACCAAUUGCACUAACGUCGCUGGUCAUGAAGUGCUUCGAGCAGUUAGUAAAGAGGUACAUUGUAUCUGAAACUCAGCAUCUCUUGGACCCCUUGCAAUUCGCCUAUCAGGCCUCCAGGGGAGUUGAAGAUGCCAUUGGGACACUAUUGCACUUAUUGCACACUCACCUUGAGAAACCAAAGACCCACGCUAAGAUUUUAUUUGUGGACUUUUCCUCGGCCUUUAAUACUAUCCAGCCCAGUAUUUUGGCGGAUAGACUGGCCUCAGAAUUUUCACUUGAACCUGGCUUGAUUCUUUGGAUUGUUGAUUUUCUUAGUUGUAGAAUCCAGCAGGUCAGGACAGGAACUUCUCUCUCGGUCAAGAUGUCUACUUGCACAGGCUCUCCUCAGGGAUGUGUUUUAUCUCCUUUAUUGUUUAUUUUAUAUACGAAUUCUUGUACCAGCACUUUACCAAACAGGCACCUUAUUAAGUAUGCAGGUGAUACUGCUUUGUUGAGUCUACUGUAUGAUGAUGAGGAGGAUCAGUAAACUAUUAGGGAUCACGUUACCAAGUGUGGAAUGCAUUUACAGGGAAAGAGUAAUGAACAAGGCAAAAACCAUUGUGGGAGACAAGAGGCACCCUCUUGCCUCUUCAUUCGAACUACUGCCUUCUAGGCGACGGUACUGCCUCCCUCUAUUCACUAAAAAUAGAUCAAAGUCUUCAUUUGUGCCUCAAGCAAUUAAGCUUUUAAAUAGCUAAGUUACAUAGGUAUAGGAUACUCAGCUGGUCUGGUAUUGCUUAAAUCAAAUAGGUAGUUAAUAAGUGUAGGGUAUGUGGAAUUAUGGGCUAAGUGUAGUAGUAUGUGUCUUUGUAUUUUUUCUUUUAUUUAUUUAUUUUUGUGUGUGUGUAUGAUGUAUGUCGUAUGUAUGUUGAAAUGCCUACUUGAUUGCUAUGCAAACAAAUUUCCUCACGAGGACAAAUAAAUGUACUUACUUAC